AUGAGUGCCACAAUUGAGCUCUUCCAGUGGCAAAACUAUCUGGGGAAUGUGCAGACCAUUAAUUUGGCUGUGUUUUGGCUCGAGUACCAGCACGGUGCUGCCGUGGUUUUCAGUCUCAAAACCCGCGUGCGAAAAUGGUUACUUGACGUGCAGUAUUUCUGUGAAGAAAACAGGGAGAUUUAA